AUGUCAGAUCCAACCGCGGACGGACCCACCAAGCCUGACAGGAGUGAAGCACCUCCAAGGCUGACAUUUGUCACGGCACGACCAGACACCAAGCAGGGCAGACAGGAGGCUAAAGCAGCGAUCCGGGCUCACGCUUCGCAGGCCUCGUGGGCUAAAAUCCGGAAGAAGGGCAAGCAACCAAGGCAGCCGGGUAUUGGUUCAGGCGACAGUACGCGUCUUGACCAGCAGCAGCAGCACCGCCUAAGCUCCGUGGGGGAGCCAGCCAGUUCCAGUGCCAGUACCGACCUUGCAUCCCGUUCAAAUGACGACGACCCGCCAUAUAACGCCGACUACGCAACAGGAGCUUCUGCAAGCGCCCGACAGGUCGUGCCUUCUAGGGCUGCGAGACAGACCAUUUUCGGACCGGUCAAUGUCCCCAGCCCUCUCCGAACGGUCGGCGCGGGGGACAUUGAUCCUUUUACAAGCUAUCCAUCACGGCUACCCAAGGAGGUGGCCGCUCCGGUCAUUAGUCAAGUCAACCACUUCCUCAAUAUCGUAUUCCUGCCAGAUCCAGAUCGACCCACGCCGAGCAUCGUGCAGCAUUGGAUAUCUUGCUACAUGAAAGACAGCACGUUCUUCCAUGCUCUUUGCUUCGCCCAACUAGCCAGGUCGUCAGCGACAGAGGCUGGCUUGAAACCGAUCAACCGGAAGGCAUAUUGGUAUUGCUACGCCGAGGUCGUGCGCGAGGUUAAUAGACGAUUCAAUGAUCCUGUGGAACAAUGUUCCGACGAGACCAUCUUUGCCGUGCAGGCGUUGGCGUUCCAUGGCGACGCGACCACGGACGAAGCCGACACCCCUAGAUCACCCUCGCAGGGUCCCAUGAACAGCAUGCAGGGCCUGGACAUCUAUGCAGGUCGACUGAACUCCGUUGGUAUGCACGUCAAAGGAUUGGCGAGAAUGCUGGCGUUGCGGGGAGGGAUUGCCGAUAUCGAGUUCCCCGGCCUGGCGGCAAUGCUGAGCUAUGGAGACCUGCUCCUAGCGUCCCGAUCUCUGCACAACCCGGUCUACCCCUUCGUUCCCAUCGGCGACUCACCGGCACGCUCCCUAGCCGAUGUUAGUCGGACGGAUCACCCUCUAGCCAAACUCGGCACUGGGUUUCGGGUGCUGCGUGAUCUUAUUUCCAACGAUGAAUCCACACAACGACUCCUCUCAAUUCUCCGCGAUCUCGCAACCUACUCACUUGGUGUAUAUGACUAUAUUAUGGGUAGGCCAGAGGCGCCGAGCCUCAGAGUCCUCGCCGACCAGCGGAACUUUGUCCAGCACCGCCUGAUGCAGAUUUGCGCCAUGUCCGGCGAUCACACAGCCGAUGCUGCAACUGACGACCCCGCAAGCACCUUCCAGCUGGAAGAGGCAUGUUGGGUAGCUGCUGCGGUGUACAGCCUGAUCGCCGUGUUUCCCGUUCCCCAUCCGAACGCUCCCUUCGCGACACUGGCCAAGCAGCUCAAGCAGCACCUCGUCCACACUUCAUCGCACUUUGCACGCAGGUGGCAAAAGCCUUCACCGCUCGUAUUGUGGAUGACCUUCAUGGGGGCUCUGGCUUCUAUGGCCGAUGAAGAUACACAGGAGGAAAAAGCAUGGUAUAUCACCGUGCUUGAACGGCUUGUGCACAGGAUGCAGAUUCCGAGCUGGGAGAGGUUGAAGGACUUGCUCCUGGAUUUCCUGUGGUUUCCGAAUACGAGUGACCCGGACGGGCAGCAAUUGUGGAAGGAGAUACACACGUCCAAUCCAUUCGGAUGA